AUGCAGAUGCGGCUCGAGAUUCUACUACUUUUAUUCAAAUUUGGACUUGUUUUUGGGCAAGCUUUACGUAAGUUUUGGGGUUUUUAAAUUUAUAAGUUACUGUAUGUUAGGUAUUGUAGGUUUAGUAUUUCAUGUACUAAAAUUUUUAUAUUUCGCUUGAUCUAGAGAACGGUCUGGCCUUGUAUCUAAAGUUAAGGCCUUAAAAAUUUAUUUUUUUAAAAUUUUUAUCCCCGUGCUACAUAUUAUACCUUAUCAAAAAUGCUUUUCAGAUGACAGGUAUGGUCAAAAAGCAGAUGUUGAAUCCCCUCAGAAGCCUCCGCUCUCUAACACACUCUACGAAGGCUUUAUUCAACCAAUCUUCAACAUGAUUGAUGCUCAAGACCCAAAGAAACGAGAUCAAGUCAUGCGAGAUGUAAGUACAGAAUGUACCCUUAAAAAUUAGACGGAAGAGGAAAGAAGAUAAGAGAUGUGGGGGGGGAGAGAAUUAAAAAAUUGAAAUUUAAUCAAAAUUUUGUAUCUUUACAGGCCGAAAAAUCUCUUGAAAAGUACUCAAGAUACCCUUCGAUAUACCCCAACAGGCCAAUCGUAACAACAGAGCCUCCUUCCCUUAUGGACACUAUCUUCAAACCCUUUGAACCGUUGAUGAAUCCUUUCAAAGAACAGCUUGAUAGAGUUACAGUAAGUUAAUAUUACCCUACCCUACUUUACCCUACCCUACAUUAAACUUGUCAUACGGUAAGCUAUGACAUCCUUACUGCAGCUUGGCUUUCCCCCCUGACCUACCCUACCCUAACCUACUCCGCCAUGAAUUACACUUAUCUGGCUUUGUUUCACUGUAUCCGACCUUACUCUACCCUGAAGAUACUGUAACAUACUAAGCAUUCAAAAAAAACUUUUUGUCAGAAAGAUCAGUCAUUCUUCACGAAUCUUCUCGAUGGAAAGCCGACUUUCACUCCUUUAAACUCGGAAUCGCCUAGAAAAUCACCGUCACGGUCUUCUGAAUCAUCGAAAACUCAACUUUCAAACAUCAACGCAAUACAACCGCCUCAGGCGCCUGUAUUGUCGUUUCAAUUGAGUAGUCCGAGUUCUUGGCCAAAUAUUUUCCAUAAUACUUGGCCAAACUCUAACCUACUUCAAUAUAAUGCUCAAGCUUCUGUGCCAAAUCAAGCUCAAUAUGGUACACAAAAUUCAGUACUAGAUCAGCAGCGAUAUGGUACUCAAAAGGCAGCAUCGGACCAGUAUCGAUAUAUUACCCAAAAUCCAGUACCAAAUCAACCACAACAUACCCCUUCAACUCCAUCGCCCCCAGCCCUACCAAUCCAACAAAUCAGCCAAUUCCCCACUCCGCUAGCCUCACUUUUAGAACCAUUAGGCUUGAAUGCCAAGCCAAGGCAAGACCUUCAGAUUGGGCGUGACAAAAGUGUGUCAAUAUUGGGAAUGCCGGUCGGUCGAAGAGAUGGCAUUCAGCUGAACCCACUUCAAGGUCUCAGCUUGGGCGGCCAAAACAUGUAUGGGCCGAUUGCUGUCAACGACAAGUAUAAUGUAAAUUGGAACUUCUUGGACGGGCUGGGCAAACUUUUUGGCGGGGAGAUUUAG